AUGAGCGUCGCGUACGAACCCAGAUCGUUUAUCCACGAACAACCCUACCCUUUGAUCGGCGACGACGAGCACGACCCUGGCGCUGAUCAGCGCUUUACCGACUCCGAUGUUGCCGAGCACCUCAGCCAUUACACGGCCGAUGCCAGCCUGCUCCAAGAUGACCGCGAUCUCAUGGACGAGCGAGCCCUACUGCACGAUCCUUCGGACGGGCCCGACGGUACCCGACUAGACCUCGGCGUUGCAGACUUCUCGUCGCCUCUCGAGGUGCCCAUGUCGGCGCCCGACAUGUCACCCGCGCUUCCCGACAGCAAAGACCCGUCGCCCAGCGCUGAGUCGCCAACCUCGUCGCGGAUCACAUCGAUUCCUAAGCCCUCCCGCACCGUCAGCAAGCAGGCAGAUGGCAGGUUUCACUGUCCGCUGGAAGACUGCAAAGAGGCGGUUCGAUCAUUUCCGCGCAAAUGCGAGUGGAACAAACACAUGGACAAGCAUGAGCGCCCUUACCGAUGUCUGGCCGAGGGAUGCGAGAAACUUCCCGGCUUCACCUACCCGGGUGGCCUCUCUCGACACGAGCGUGAGGUGCACAACAAGCACGGCGGGCCCAAGCACACGGUCAACUGCCCGCACCCCAACUGCAAGCGUUACACCGGCAAGGGUUUCUCCCGCCAGGAGAACCUUAACGAGCAUCUCCGCCGCGUGCACACGAGCCCCGACGACGCUUCGCCGCUGGCUGCCACCGCUACCGCCGCCACUGCCGCCGUCGACUCGGCCGCAGGCUCGCCCGACGAUAACGAGAGCGAGCGCAGCGGUGCGAAGCGUAAGCGCCGGUCGAGCGGCGAGCGCCCCUCCUCCUCGGAUGAGGUUGCCGAGCUCCGCCAAGAGAUCAAGCGCGUGCGUAUGGAAAACGAGAAGCUCAAGCAAGACAUGGAGAAACAGGCGCGGGACUCGCUCACUAUGGUGGGCCAAAUAGCCCAACUGCAGAACGCGCUGAGUCUCGGCCACAGCCUCUCCGAGCACGGCCUCAGUGCUCCGACGGCACAAAUGAUUUAG